AUUAAACAUAAAAACCCUUUCAAUAUUGAGCUCUGACACAAAUCGCGGCUGGGGGCAAUGGCAGUGUCAGGGUCGAAACGGAACUAGUUCAGUGACCGCAUUCGCGCAAUCUUCCACGCGUUUUCCUGAGUGAAUCCACGAAAAUCAAAGCAUCCUUUAAUCGUCAUACAUACCCCAAUAAAAAAUCUUGAGUUGCUUGACAUAAUUCUCCGAGUUUCAUACUCUCGGCGAAAUCUAUGUCACGCAGCUCACUUUUGCCCAUGACUGUACGCUCUCUGCUUGUCCGCUCCCUUGCUGCUCAUUCCUUCGCACACGUUAGUAUAUCUCAAUUUACCGCCUCUUUUGCACGUGUCCCGCACGUAUAACUUAUGCCGCCUUGUGUUUUCAAACAAACUAAACGGCCGCCAGAAGAUUUUCACAGAGAAUCUCAAGAAAUUAUGAUGAGUACCAAAGGCCCUUGCGACAAGGGAUUCUACAAUAUCCAAGUGCUACAGCCAUUACAGAGUUAUUAAUUAACCUCAAACUCUACAUCGAUAAAGCCCAAUUCGAUCGAAAAUUCGAUCAUUAUAAGAAAAAAAAUUAACGGUGGAAUCGGUUGUUGUUCAUUGCCAGCAGAAAGGAGUAUUAGGAAACUGCAUGGAAAAAACGAAGAAACAAAAAAAUAAUGAGGAGUGUCUGAAUGUAACGUCAAGGACAGGCGAUAGUCAACAAGCUACAUGUGAGCCUUUCAACUUUCAUUCAUCCUCUUUAUUCCAGCUGAAUGGCGGUCGUGUUAUCACGGCCACUGAUUGCGGACCAACGGUAUCAGCAAAACCCGUAAGAAUUAGGGAGAACGAUUAUCGCUGUAACCUGAAGUUGGCUGCGGGUGGUGCAUUGCGCGAAGUUGGUCAAGGUCUCGCGAUCGCAGCGCCGUCGAGAGUAUGCGCGACUCCGGGGAACCAAUAAUCCAGCAGCUACCCCGUCGCUGCAACAUCAGCCCCCCUAGGAACGUACACAGAUAUCCUAGACGCUGAGCGUCCCGACGUCCUGGCGCUUUUCCUUGGAGGAUGGUCCGUCUCGUAUUAUAAUUUGGCGGUAAAUCGAACCGUGCCUCUUCUUUUUUUUUUUUUUUUUUUUUUUUUUUUUUUUUU